AUGACCAAGCCAGUGCAGACCAAGGGCAAGGCGCUGAAGGCCUUCGAGCUCACAUGGGUCGUGUACGACCCGACCGACCGGUUCGGCGUCAUCAUGGCGCUCUUCACGCUCUCUCCAGUGUUCGUGACGCUCAUGCACGUGACGCUCGUCAUUUUCCAGCGUGACUUGGACAGUGUGAGCAUGUUCCUGGGCCAGGUGGUGAGUGAAGUGAUCAACAAGGUCCUCAAGAAGACCAUCAACCAGCAGCGGCCCGACGGCGCGCGUAUGAGCGGCUCUGGAAUGCCCUCGGCGCACUCGCAGUUCAUCUCGUUCUUCGCCUCGUACUCCGUUGCCUACACGUACUCGAGGUUGAACUCGCACCGGUACCUCGAGCAGUGCGUCGCCAUCGUCGGCUGUGUCGUGCUGGCAGCGCUGACCUGCUACUCCCGCGUGCGACUGGGCUACCACACCAAGGACCAAGUGGCCGUAGGAGCCCUGGUCGGAGCGAUUGUGGGCUUCACCUGGCACUUGCUGGUGUCGACGGUGUCUCCGUGGUUGUUCCCGCUCGUUGCCCAGUCUCGUCUUGCUCAGCUCUUUUACCUGCGCGACGUCUCUCACAUCCCCGAUCUCAUCGUCUACCAGCACGAGCUCUGCUACUCAGAGGCUGCUGCCACCUUCUCAAGCAAGUUCCUGUAG